CCUGAACAUAUGUGGUUGUCGGGGGUGGGCUCGGGCGUGUUUGUUUAGGCCCGCAUAGGUUUUGCUUUCGGGUCCGAGCUUGGAUAGAUCCGAGCGCGGCCCGUGACCGCCCAAUUACUGAGAAAUAAAAAGCGCGAAAAAAAUCAAUGGUAGUCCAGAUUCCUGCACCCUGAAAAUGGGAGUUGUCAGAUCUUCAGCUCCGCGUAAAACCCUAACCCUAGCCCUAACCAGCGACGGAGAAGACGAGGAGAAAUCCUCCAUUGAAAACCAGAAGCAGCAGCAGAAGAAGAAGAAGGAGACGGAGAGAGAGGGGGGGAUAUUCGCUUCAUGCUCUUUCAGCGAUCUCGGCAUCCAUCCCACCUUGUCCGAACAGCUUCGAGAAAGGUUGGGAUUUGAAGUUCCAACGCUCAUUCAGGCUGAGUCGAUUCCCAUUAUUAUUUCCGGGCGACAUGUACUUAUCAAUGCAGCUACUGGUACUGGCAAGACUAUUGCGUAUCUCGCUCCAAUUAUCCAUCAUCUGCAGUUGUAUGUUCCUCGUAUCCAACGAUCUGAUGGAACAUUUGCGCUGGUGCUUGUACCAACGCGUGAGUUAUGCAUGCAGGUUUAUGAAAUUCUGCAGAAGUUAUUACACCGCUUCCACUGGAUUGUUCCUGGGUACAUAAUGGGCGGUGAGAACAGAUCAAAGGAAAAAGCCAGGUUGCGCAAAGGAAUAUCAAUUCUUGUUGCAACUCCCGGACGUCUACUGGAUCACUUAAAGAAUACAUCGUCAUUUGCUUAUGCAAAUCUUCGCUGGAUUAUCUUUGAUGAAGCAGAUAGGAUUCUCGAAUUGGGGUUUGGGAAAGAAAUAGAGGGGAUACUUAUCCUUCUGGGUUCAAGGCAAAGUGAGUCCGUCGGUGUUGAGGCAGUACCAAGGCCUACUGAAUUUCAAAGGCAGAACUUACUUUUAUCAGCAACUUUGAAUGACAAAGUGAAUCAUCUUGCGAAAAUGAGCUUAGAGAAUCCAGUUAUGAUUGGUCUUGAUGACAAGAAGAUUUCUGCUGAGCUUCCAACUCCAUCAGGUGAAUAUUUGGGUACAAUAGCAUCUGAUGGGAACGGGGAAUCAAUAUAUUCAGAUGCAUUGCCAAGCUGCUCAGUUGAAGACUAUAAUCUUCCUGUGCAGUUAGUUCAGAGAUAUGUAAAAGUGUCCUGUGGUUCACGGCUGGUGGUGCUUCUUUCCAUUCUUAGAAGUCUGUUUGAAAGAGAAGUUCACCAAAAGAUUGUGGUUUUCUUCUCGACAUGCGAUGCUGUGGAUUUCCACUAUUCACUUAUUGGUGAAUUUCAAUGGUCCUCUGAUUCACAACCAGAAGUGAAGCAGAAGCAGACAUUUGUCAAAUGCAGAACUUUCCGCUUACAUGGAAACAUGGAACACGAUGACCGGCGGACUACCUUUCAGGUCUUUAAUGCUGAAAAAUCAGCUCUUCUUUUAUGUACGGAUGUAGCUGCAAGAGGGUUGGACUUUCCAAAAGUUAGAUGUAUCAUUCAGUAUGAUUCUCCCGGGGAGGCUACAGAAUACGUGCAUAGGGUUGGAAGAACCGCUCGAUUGGGUGAAAAAGGAGACGCAUUGCUAUUCCUACAACCAGUCGAAACGGAUUAUUUGCAAGACUUGCAGAAACACAGAGUGUCAUUGAAGGAGUUUCCGCUUCUCAAGGUUUUUGACAGUUUUUCUUUGUAUGAUCAGAAGCACCAUAACAAGAAGCUUUUGUCUCUGGAGAUGCAUCCCUGGGUGUUAUCUCUGCAGAAGGCACUCGAAUCCUUCAUUUCGUCAGAGAUGAAGCUGAAGAAUCUGGCCAAGAAAGCAUUUCGCUCAUGGGUCCGUGCAUACACUGCCCACCGUGGUGAGCUAAAGAGAAUUUUUGUGGUAAAGAAGCUCCACUUGGGGCACGUCGCGAGGAGUUUCGGGCUGAAAGAACAGCCUUCUUUGGUUGGAAGAUCGUUCCAUACUCAAAAAAAGAAGAGGAAAAGGGACCACAGGCCAACCGGAUCAUUGAAAAGGAAGCGGGCCGCCAAAUAGAACAUGAACAUUUCAUCAUCAGUCCCAUCCUGUCAUCCAAGGACGGAUUCCGUUAACCUCGUUGUUUUGUUCCAAGUACUUGAUUUCAAGGAAGCGGCAGUUUGAGAUGGAUGGAGAACCUAAUGUCACUGAAGUCAACCGGAUUUUGGCAGGCCUUUCCGUGAUUGAGCAUAUGCAUGUACGUCCAAUGUGUGCAAGUCAUUAAGCCUUCCGUGAUUUUGCAUGCGUGUAUGACUGACUGCAUAUGCAUGGCUAAUGACCGCGUCUGAUGUAAAGCAUGCAACGAUGCCUUUGCUUGUCGGAGUGGCAUUCAAACAUGCAUCCCUAUUUAUCUAUGUGGGUGUUCAUGCAUGUGUUCGUAGGGGCAUUGGUGCAUGUUCUUUUACAUCAUUUACUUUUGUACAUGGUCAUUUUUGGUGAGGAAAACAAGGAUUAUUUUCAAUGAUUGAGAGCAUGUAUUGUUUAUUAGUUUCAGUAUAGUGCAGGAAACCUUCUUUGGAUGGGAGGAUUUUCCAAAGGGACUUUUCAGUGGAAAUGAUAUUUGCAACCCAUGUUUUUCUUA